AUGGAUUUGGAAAAGGGUCGGCCGCGCUCCAAAGGCAUGAGCACUUUAGAGAAAUGCCUGAUCUUCCUGUUUGUGGCCAUGACCGGCACCUGCAUCGGCCUGGUGGUCGUCUACUUUGUUGAGAAAGAUGCUUCCGAUUCCAGCACUGAAGGUCUGGCCUCCGGGUGUGGAGGACCCCAAGAGCUCUCUGGAGAGACUGGCACCUUCACCAGCUGGAAUUACCCAAACAGCUAUGACAACGGGAAGAGCUGCUCCUGGCACAUCACUGUGGACCCAGACAAGGUCAUCUCCUUGUGGUUUGAAGACUUUGCUUUAGAAGACACCAAACUCUGCACAGCUGACUUCAUCACGCUUCGGGAUUCAAUGGGAAUCAUUGGCAAGUACUGUGGCUACGAGAAACCCAAGCCCAUCGUCUCGCUGACCAACCGCCUCACCAUCUUCUUCGACACCAACGACCGGAAAACCGACCAAGGAUUCAAGGCUGUUUUCAAAGCGGUGUCCCCUGAAAGCACAGCAGAAAUAGCCGGGGCCGGUGGCUUUCUUCAAGGUGAGCAGGGGAAUCUGAUGACCCCCGGCUCUCCGGGACAGAACUACGAGAACGGAGCUUUGUACCAGUGGAAAAUCACGGUUCCUCAAGGGGAACGUGUUCGUCUGACCUUCACCUCAUUUGACCUGGUUCCAGAGGUCUGUGGAGACUUUGUUCAGGUCUACGGUGGCUCCUCUCUUUUGGGUAAAUUCUGCGGCCGAUCCGUGCCCAAGCCUUUGGUGUCCGACACCAACACAAUGACAGUCCGAUUCAAAUCAGACAGCAGCUUGACUUCCAGGGGAUUCACAGCAACAUAUCAAAAGUCCAGCCUGCCUCCCGUUGUCAUUCCCACGACUACAAAACCACCGGCGACCACAACAACCAGGCCCACAACAGCGUCUACCCUGCCUUCUGCUUCAACCACCGGAGGCAGCGGGCCUAUUAUUGUCACGGGUCGCAAGGGGGUGAUCCAUUCGGAGGGCUUCCCGAACGCUUACCCUGCGCACCAGAACAUUGUAUGGAAGAUCACAGUGUCGAGAGGCUUCCUGGUGAAGCUCCAGUUCACUGACUUGGCCAUCCCAGGGGAGACGGGACAAUGCAAGGAGGACAAACUGAUCGUCUCGGAUCGAUACAGCACACUUGGAACCCACUGUGGUUACAUCAUUCCUCCGGUGGUGGUCAGCGCCACAGACACGAUGACGCUCACCUUCCAGUCAGACAGUCGCUUCACAGAUCGAGGAUUCUCUGUCAGGUGGGAGGAGGUGUAUCCUGAAGACAUUGGAGAAAUCCAAGGAUGUGGAUUCUCCUCCAAAGAGCAAACAGGCGUGAUCAAGUCUACAAACUGGCCCAUGAACUAUAAAGCCAAUAGCGAGUGCAUGUGGAACAUUGCGGUGCCUUUAGGGAAGAAAAUCACGCUGACGUUCACCCACUUUGACCUGGAGGGGAAGGACAUCCUGACGUCCAGAUGCUUCGACAACAUCGUGGUUUAUGAUAUCAGUUCUUUAACCGGCAACUUGAAUAAGAAACAUGGUCCACUUUGUGGCAGUAAAAUUCCGGCUGCUAUCCAGAGCAGAGGCAACAGGAUGGUGAUACGGUUCCACUCUGACUUGUUCACGGAGGGUAAAGGCUUCAGGGCGUACUGGAGUACAAACCCCAGCCUGCCCGCUCCGACUGAACCACCCACUCCACCAAAUCCUUGGGACGAAGUAGAAAUCGACUGGCCUGCUACCUGCGGCAAACCUGCAAUUCCCCCAGCUGUCAUGACUCGCAUUGUCAACGGAGAGCCAGCCACGCCUCACUCUUGGCCCUGGCAGGUGUCAAUGCAGGUCUGGCCAGCCAGUCGUCCUGAGCCCACUUUUUUCCACACGUGUGGCGGCACUCUCAUUCACAAGAACUGGGUUCUGACUGCGGCCCACUGCUUCAUCAACUAUGCUGAUGAGCUCCAGCGCUGGCGCAUGUGUUUGGGCAAACACAAUCUGACCUACACAGAGGCCAGCGAGCGCUGCUUAAGUGUCUCCGCAAUCUACCGCCACGAGGGCUUCAAGUACCCCACUGUGCCCACAGUGGAGUUUGACAUUGCCUUGAUCAGGCUUGAUGGGGAAGUGUCUCCCAGUAAUGAGAUUUCUUUCGCCUGCCUCCCCUCCGAAGAGGAAGUCCUGGCCGGAGGAAAGAAGUGCUACGCCACCGGCUGGGGAGAUGAAACUGGUGAUUCGCUAAAUGCCAAAGUAGCUGAGGCUCUAAACCAGGUGGCUUUACCUGUCGUUCCCUUUGACACCUGCAAGAGGAUGGAUUACUGGUGGUUCCAGGUCAAAACCUCCAUGAUCUGCUGCGGUUACACCCUUCCUGAUGAGCUCAAGUCCGUCUGCCAGGGUGACUCUGGGGGUCCUCUUGUGUGCCAGGACACCCCGACCUCGCCGUGGGAAGUUCACGGAAUCACAAGCUUUGGCCCCAUCGGUUGCAUCAUGAACAAGAAGCCCUCGGUGUUCACACGCUCCUCAGCCUACCUUCCCUGGAUACGGAACAUCAUACGCAGGGACAUCUACAACGAGAAGACAUCCGGCUGUGGAGGGCCCAAAGACGUGACUGGCACUGAAGGCACCCUGUCCUCCAUGGGUUACCCCGGCAGCUACAGCAACAAAGCGCGCUGCCAGUGGCACAUCCGGGUGCCGGUGGGAAAACUGGUCCAUUUUCAGUUCCUGAAUUUCUCCCUGGAGGAAAGCCAGAUGUGCUUAAACGACAAGGUCCAAAUCUCUGAUGGGACAGGGUCUCUCGGCACAUACUGUGGGACCAACCCUCCGAAAGCCCUGGUCAGUGAUGGAGAAACUCUGAGUCUCAGUUUCACUUCCAAUGAUCGAGUUGUGGAUUCGGGAUUUGCUGCCAUCUGGAGGGCAGUGGAUCCAUCAGAGGCUCCUUGUGGGGGAAGUUUCAGCUCCCUGAACGGUGACUUCACAACCCCCAACUGGCCCAAAGACUAUGAUGCUCAGUCUGUCUGCACAUGGCGUAUAAACAUCCCAUCAGCCACAAACAUCCACAUAGUCUUCACUCACUUUGAGCUGCAGGCAGUAAACGUGUUGGGGAACUGUGUGGACUACGUGGAGGUCUUCAACGGAGCCACCAUGGCCUCCGCAGGUCGCUACUGUGGAUUUGCCCCUCCACCCAAACUCACCAUCGCCAGCACCACAGUGGUCAUUCGCUUCCUCAGCAAUCAGGCAAACCAGCAAAUGGGUUUCCGUGGUUACUGGACCACUGACGACAAAGUGAUCCCCACUUUGGCCCCAGCACCCGCGAAUCCCUGGGACAACAUAACUAUCACUGCCGGCGCCCCGUCCAAGUGGGAGGUUCACGGCAUCGUCAGCUUUGGACCGCAGGGCUGCAUUAAAGACAAGAAGCCCUCAGUGUUCACCCGCGUGUCGGCCUUCAGCGACUGGAUACAUGACAACAUGAAAAAGUUCAUUUAUGACAGCGGCAAACCAUAA